UUAAUUUAGUGAUAAACUCAAAGGCUGUACUUUCCUUUCACCCCAAGAAACUUGCACUGCAACUCUCCUUGUAUAUCUAUAUAUAUAUAAUAUAUAUCUUGUCUCCUAGCUACCACCCUAGCUAUUGUAAUUGCUAAUAAUGGAAGAAGAAGAAGAAGAAUCAUCAGCUGUGGCUGAGAUGCCUCCGGGCUUCAGAUUUCACCCCACCGAUUUGGAGAUUAUAACUCACUAUCUUCUCAACAAGGUCCUCGACGUCCGAUUCCGAGCUCAACCUAUCCGGGAUAUUCAUCUCAACAACUUUGAACCUUGGGAUUUGCCUCCUAAGGCGGCGAAGAUGGGAGAAAAUGAGUGGUUCUUCUUUUUCGAGAAGGAAUGUAAGUACCCAUCAGGAAGGAGAACGAAUAGGGCAACAGCAUCGGGAUAUUGGAAGUCAACUGGGAAAGAUAGAGAGAUACACAAUGCCACCAAAAUGGUUGUUGGUAUGAAAAAAACGCUAGUUUUCUACAAAGGGAGGGCUCCUAAAGCCCACAAAACUAAUUGGGUCAUUCGCGAAUACAGACUCCAUGGAGACUUCUCUGCCUACAACCUCUCCCAUCAUGCAAAGGAAAAAUGGGUUGUUUGCAGGGUUUUCCACAAGAAAGAUGUUCCAGUCGUGGACCCGCCGCUGCCGCCAUUGACAGACCACUAUUCUUCUGAAAAAGCUAGUUUAAGUUUUGCAACUGAUGAAAUCAUCAAACCAUCAGCUUUGAAUUCAUGUGAAGAUGGGCUGAGUUGGUGGUCGCCCAAUCUCACUGAUAAGCCGAAUUCAAGGAUUCUUUACACAGGUGGGAAUGAGAUUGAGAGGUUGAUGGAAAUGGCAACGGCUGACUGCGAGAAAGAGAUCAGUGAUGGUAGCAACAAGGCAUGUGAAGGUCUGUGUGAUAUUUUGGAUAUGGAUUCCUUGUGGACUUACUGAUUAAUAAUCUACAUUUUUUUACAGAAAAUUAAAUUUAUUUGUGUCUACUUGUUGGUGAUAUUAGGUUAUAGCUAGAUGCAUGGAAAUUAAAUAUAUGAUCAAUUUGGUGGUUUCACGAGUUAUUUAUUCUAUGUAUUCGUUUCCUAUGUUUAAGUGUUUAAUGAAAGACGGGAAGAGAUUCGGUGUC